AUGACCGAAGACAUCGAGUCAACGUUCGGAGCUCUGCUAAUUGGAGUUCUUGUGUCUGCCAUGUUUCUGUCAAUUGUAUGGAGCUGGAAGGGUACCAUCAUUUCUUCCGUCCAAGUAGCCAUGCACCUGGGUCAGAUUAUACACGGUCCGCAUUUGGCUACUGGUUGCGUCUACUUGCAGCUUAAGCUACUCUCGUCUCUACUUUCCGGGCAUGAUUGUAGAUGGACCAAACCAAUAACACUUUAUACAACAGUAGCCUCGUAUGAAAUGCAAGUGAUCGCUAAAGUGUGGAUGACGAAAGUUGCUGAAAUCCUGCCCAGGACGGACGUCUUAUCACCGGAGGUCCUUCUUGGACAGAAGGUAAGCUCUGUUCAGCGUACUAGCCGAUUAUCAUGA